UUUAGGGAAAGAUCCCUAUGCACACCGAAUCAGAAACGGAGAAGAGAAUUAUAAAAUAAACGCCCAUUUAAGUUCAGAUGUGGAUUUUUGUUGCCUUAAAACAUUUUAACUCUUCAAGCCGCCAACACAAUUGGCAACUCUAACAUACAGCAGGAAGAGGAGGGGCUGUAAGUAGGCGCGCAAUAUAAUUUGGUAGAUUAAUGCUUGGAGUUAAUAGAAUGAAUGCGGUUAAUUUGCGUUAUACGUAUUAACAGGCAGGCAGCCGUCUUUCUCAAUCACAUCUCUGACACCCUCCCUCCUAUCAAAAUCCAACCCUCCCCUCGCUCCUAUGCAGACAUAUUGAGUUUUUAAACGUUUCAUUUAAAGAAGACAUUGACCAGGCGCCAAAUGUGGAAGGCGGGGGGGCAGACUAUCGGGAUUAUCGUUCCUUCCCACGGCACUUCUUCGUCACCGUUACAUUCAAACCCUGGAUCCGUCAUUCUGUAUUCCUCCUGUCACGAAAAGCCUCAGGGCGGAAGAAAUACACAAAUUGUCUGUGCCAUUCAAUCAAAAUUAUGGGAUUAUUUGAUAAACUGGCAAGUUGGCUUGGUCUGAAAAAGAAAGAAGUUCAUGUUCUGUGCCUUGGAUUAGACAACAGUGGUAAAACAACAAUUAUCAACAAGUUAAAACCAUAUAAUGCUCAAGCUCAAGAUAUUGUUCCUACAAUAGGAUUCAGUAUAGAGAAAUUCAAAACAUCUAGGUAUUUAUCAUUCACUGUGUUUGAUAUGUCAGGUCAAGGUAGAUACAGAAAUCUCUGGGAACAUUACUAUAAAGAUUGUCAGGCCAUUAUUUUUGUCAUUGAUAGCAGUGACAUACUAAGAAUGGUUGUGGCCAAGGAAGAACUUGACACGCUCUUGACUCAUCCAGAUCUCAAACACCGCCGAAUACCAAUUUUGUUUUUUGCAAACAAGAUGGAUCUUAGAGAUGCUGUAUCCUCUGUUAAAGUCUCUCAUUUACUGACAUUAGAGAACAUCAAAGACAAGCCAUGGCAGAUCUGUGCUAGUGAUGCUCUUAAAGGAGAAGGAUUGCAAGAAGGUGUGGACUGGCUGCAAGAUCAGAUCCAAAUAAUGAAGACAUGAAAAGCUAAUAUGCGAAUGGAAAUAUUAAAGAUAAUUUAUAGAUACUGAAGGCCUUGGAGACAAAAACUUUAGGCCUGUGUGUUUUCUUGUGUUGGUUUUUAUAAAAGCCUUUAAAAAUAAAAUAGUAUUUUUGCUAAUAGUUCAUAAUGGCCAUAAUGUGACCAGAGAUUCAGGUGAGGUCAAAUAAAACAAUGAAAUAAUUGUAUACUAUUCAAAAACCUUUGGUAUAUUUUUGUUUGAUUUUUAGUUAGAACUUAGGGGAAAGCAUAUGA